GAUAAGUCAGAAAGAGAAAUUCGGCAUCAACUGUGACAGAGUGGAACGAAAAAUGCCAGUAAAAUGUUGUUUCUACAGGUCACCAACUACAGAAGCAAUGACAUGGUCUGAAAACAUGGACACGCUCUUAGCCAAUCAAGCUGGUCUAGAUGCUUUUCGAACAUUUCUAAAAUCGGAAUUUAGUGAAGAAAAUGUUGAAUUUUGGCUUGCCUGUGAAGACUUCAAGAAAACAGAAUGUGCAGAAAAAAUAGUUUCCAAAGCCAAGAGAAUUUAUUCUGAAUUUAUUGUAGCUGAUGCACCAAAAGAGAUUAACAUUGACUUCAGUACCAGAGACCUUAUCUCAAAGAAUAUCGCUGAACCUACUAUCAAAUGUUUUGAUGAGGCUCAGAAGUUAAUCUAUAGUCUCAUGGCCAAAGAUUCUUUCCCUCGAUUUCUGAAGUCAGAGAUUUACAAGAAACUGGUGACAAGCCAACAGGUUGGAAGUCAUAAAAGGUGGCUCCCUUUCUUGUGA